AUGCAGACCAAGGUUCUCGUUUCCGCCAUGCUGGCCACCGUUGCCACGGCCCAGACCCUCAACAUUCCUACCCGCAGCGGCUCCAUCGUCUCCCUCUCUGCCCCCAGUGUCAUCUCUGGCUCCAAGGACUUCGCCAACAAGGAGUUCGACCGUGGCCGUCCCUGCGACACCGACGCCGACACCGGCAGCGACUCCGCCGUCUUCAUCCUCGAGAACGGCGCCACCCUGAGCAACGUCAUCAUCGGCGCCAACCAGCUUGAGGGCGUCCACUGCAAGGGUGCCUGCACCCUGAAGAACGUCUGGUUCCGUGACGUCUGCGAGGACGCCAUCUCUGCCCUCGGCAACGGCAACGUCCUCAUCCAGGGCGGUGGUGCCCAGAACGCCGCCGACAAGGUCGUCCAGCACAACGGCCGUGGCACCGUCACCAUUGACGGCUUCACCGUCGUCACCGCUGGCAAGCUCUACCGCGGCUGCGGUGACUGCACCAACAACGGCGGCCCCCGCAACGUUGUUGUCAAGAACGUCAAGGCCAAGAACGUCAAGGAGCUCGUCGGUAUCAACUCCAACUACGGCGACACCGCCAACAUCUCCGGCACCUGCGGAUCCAGCGUCCCCAAGGUCUGCCAGGAGUACAAGGGUGUCAAGAAGGGCGAGGGCUCCAGCUCCAAGGUCAGCACCACCGCCAACUGCAAGGGCCAGACUUCUCUGUCUGCCUGCUAA